AUGGAACAGAAUGGUGAAUUUGUUGCUGGGACUCUACGCCUAGUCAAUGAACCCGGCGAGACCGACCGACCGUCAAGAGUUGUUCUUGUCCCUGCACCCACAAAAAAUAUCAACGAUCCACUAAAUUGGUCUCGGGGAGCCAAGCUAUGGGUUGCAAGCAACUUGCUGGCAUGGACAUUUUUCGCGAAUGCUGCCAUCGCCUGGACCUCUCCGGCGUGGGCUGUCUGGACAAUCGAACUUAAUACCACAUUUACUCUGCUCAACUAUGGACAAGCUCUUCUUGUACUUAUGUGCGGCUUCGGAUGCCUGUUCCUUCAGCCGUGGGCGUUGAAAUAUGGCCGAAGAUCUGUAUACGUCCUCGGCUCUAUUCUGAUCUUGAUCGGGCUAGCAUUGGGCGCGACAAUGAAGAAUAUCAAUGGGUUUUACGCCUAUAUGAUUCUCAGUGGCUUCGGCUCUGCGCCGUCAUAUGCUACCAUCAUCACCAGUCUCAUCGAUAUAACAUUUCUGCAUCAAAAAGGACGAGUUCUCUCACUCUAUGGCAUUGUUCUCAUUCUCGGCAACUUCCUACCACCAGUGGCAGCAGGUUACAUCACGCAGUCUCAAGGUUGGAAAUGGUGUUUUUACUAUUUGAUAAUCUUCUUUGUGGUUUCCUCUCUACUGGUCCUGUCCUGCGCAGAAGAAACCUUAUUCCCACGAACUAGUAUUGUGGCCAACGUUGAACACGGCAUUGACAGGAUUGAUACAGAAGUCAGAGACGAAUCUUCUGAGAUUGCAUCAAAGCAGCCGGUGGACGGUACCUAUGAGGCUUCUCUAAGCACUCCCCUCCCAACUAGCGUCGGGGAGCCUCAAGAAAACGUCACUUCAGUGCCUACGCAGAGGUACACGUAUGCCCAACGAAUGACACUUUUUCGACCCAACACCAACGUGAAAGCAUCUUACAUUAAACUGACAUUCGAGGUCUUUCAAGUAUGUACACUACCUGCAGCAGUCUGGGCCAGCUGGAUGAUAGCGAUUGCGACGUUCGUUGUGGGCUAUGUCUUCACCACUCAAGCUUCCUUUUUUGCGGCGCCGCCAUACAAUUUCGAUGCCUCGCAACUCGGCCUGAUGUACUUCGCCUUGAUCAUUGGCAAUUUCAUCGGCGCCAUCUAUGGAGGAAAUGUGGCCGAUUGGAUUGUCCUACGCUUGGCCAAGGCUAACAAUGGAAUCGCAGAGGCGGAGCACCGUCUUUGGGCAUAUAUUCCCGUACCCUUCCUUGGUGCAAUCGGAGUGUUGCUUUAUGGUGUCGGUGCCAGUCAUGGGAUCCAUUGGAUCGUCCCGUGUCUCGGGCUAGUUUUCGUUGGGAUAUUUCUCAAUGCUUCCCUACCAGUCGCCAUGGGAUAUGCUCUGGAUAGCUAUGUCGAUCUGUCGGGAGAAAUCGUCCAACUCUCAAAUUUCAUCCGAAACCUCGUGGGAGGCGCCUUCACCUUUGGGAUCCAGCCGUGGAUUACUUACAACGGUGCACAGACGACUAGCAUCAUUAUUGCAGUAGUCAUUUUCGUUCUGAACCUCUCCAGUAUACCUUUCCAGAUCUGGGGCAAGUCUAUCCGCAGACGAACGGCAAAGAGGUACCUCAAACUCACAAACCGUGCGACUUACUAUUAA